AUGACAACAUCUGCUGAGGAAUACACCGACAUUGACUCCGCAGUUGACUGUGCUUCUAAAGAAGUCCUCACAGCAACAAUCAAAGCUAUCUACCGUGACAUUCCAUCAGCUAAAGAUGCUUUGAUAAGAAAGCUUUUUGUACCUGAGGAUUGUGUUCCAGGUGUUCCUGAAUCGGCGGAUUCGGACACGGAGAGUAGCGAGGAUGACAGCGAUGAAGAGAGAGAGGGGGAUAGUACGAGCCCACCAACCGCCCAGACGACUACCGGCUCUAAGAGAUUACGGACUCGCUACGCCAUUUGCGAAAACUGCGAAAAGGAAUUCGAUGUCACAAGUAAUACGAGCAAGAGCUGUUUCUAUCAUUUCGAUAUUAGCCAGCCAGAUUAUGACGCAUUCGCCGACCAUGAUGAAAACUGCCACGGACCAAUUGAUACCGACGAGAAUCGUAACGAGUAUCCGCAGUUCUUCAUCUACCAGUGCUGUGAUCGCGAUGGUACAGAACAGCCUUGUGAAAAUGAUUGGCAUCGUGAGAAGGAGACCUUUAAAAAGCCGAAGGUUGAG